AAGACAUGUUAACAGAGUUGGGCCGCGACCUAGUCCAUGAUGUCGCUCGAAAAGGAGAGGCCGUGUGGCUUUAUAGGAAAGUAUUUUCUUCAUAUGCAAGCUUCGCUUUAGGGGAGCGAGUCUACGUCGUUCGGGCGAGAUUCGCAUCCAUGUUGCGAACAUAUUUGCGUAAUCAGAUGAGAAUUAAAAGAUAUGACGUGGAAACGCUGUUACGAAAUGCAUUGAUUUUACAAAGUCGCACUCAGAGCAUAUAUAUCCUGAACGACGAGUUGGUGGAAUUUGAUAUACAGCUCAGUUAUGAAGGCAAUCCGUUAAACUGGACGAGGUUCGAAAAACAUAACUGCCACGUAGCGGGGCCGCCGUGCGAACUUGUGACCACAAAAGACGGCUACUUUAGGCGGAGCGCUAUGGACCAAGCUCUUCAACUCAUCGAGAACAGAAGAAAAUUCAUCCGAGAAAAAUACCAACCGAAGAAGAAUAAACCCCCAAUCGAUAUUAAUGCAGAACUUAAUCGAUCACUCAAUUUUAAAUACACUUCAUCAUGGUACCAGCACACGAGUACGGAUUUCGUUAACCUCGCGCCCGAUUUUAUAUGA